AUGACCACCACAGAGAGCAGAAGUUGGAGAAGAUGCAAGGGCUCUCUCGCGUCGCUAACUUCAAGUAUCAUAAAGGGAGUAGAAGAGAAUGGAAGAACAUAUGCUGUAUAUGGUCAGGAAGAGUGUGGAAUGCCAAUGGACGAAGUAGAGAUGAACCGAAUUGAUAUGGCGCAUGCAAAGCAUUUUAUGCUUCUUGAAAAUAAACAAUCCUUAACACCUAUUGACACAGAUGUCCAAAAGGUCCUAGACCUUGGUACUGAAACUGGAGCUUGGAGUAUUGAUUUUGCUGAUGCUUAUCCAUCCGCUGAGGUCGUGGAAAUAGAUAUUGCUCCGAUACAAUCCACUUGUGCCCCGCCAAAUUGCCAAUUCCAAGUCGACGACAUCACUCAACCUUGGACAUGGAAGAAGGAUACUUUCGAUUUUGUUUUUGCUAGGGAUAUACUUUCCUUAGUGAGAAACUGGCUGAAUUUGAUCUCUCAAUGCUAUGAUCACAUUAAACCCGGCGGUUGGAUAGAGUUCCAAUUGAUUCAUGGUGUUUUAGGCUGUGAUGAUGAUACAUUACCCCUUGAAAGUAAAUUCCGCGAACAUGAUAAACAUAUUAGAGCAGCUGCAGUUGCAUUUGGAACCCCUCUAGAAGAUCCGGUUUCAUUCAAGAAAUGGUUCGACAAAGCUGUUGUAGAAAAGAAAUACAAGAUCCCUUCCAAUCCAUGGCCGAAAGACCCACGAUUAAAGUUGGUCGGGGCUUUGGAACAGGAAAACUUCGUGGCUGGACUAGAAGGUAUGAGUAUUCGUUCUCUUGAUAAACUUGGCUGGAAUCUAGAUGACAGCAAACGAUCUCUUGGCGAAGAGAAAACAUCCUACUGUCGAUUCUAUGUUGUAUAUGGUCGAAAGCCAAACCAAGAAAACAAAAACAUAGAUCAUCACGUUCUAGAAGAAUGA